AUGUAUAGUGUUGAUAAAAUGGAAGAUUAUAGCAUAUAUAACGGCCAUAAAAAGUUAUUCCAUAUUGUGGACUAUAUCAUUUUUGCACUGGUGCUGCUGGUUUCCUUAGUGAUAGGAAUUUAUCAUGCAUAUAAGGACAGACACAACACAAAUGCUGAAGAAUUUCACCAAAGCGGACGAAAGAUGCAUCCCGUUCCUGUGUCUCUAUCCCUUUGUGCAACCUUCAUGUCAGCGCUCACACUUUUAGGUAACCCGGCCGAGAUUUACACCCAUGGUACCAUGUUCUACUGGAUUGUUUUAGCCAUGUUGCUGUCAACCAUCUGCAGCGCACACGUGUUUGUUCCGAUAUUCUACAAACUUAAGACGAUUAGCUGCUUCACCUAUAUUCAGCUAAGAUUUGGGAAAGUUGUAAGAGUUAUUGCGUCCGUGUUAUACAUCAGUCAAAUGUUAUUGUACAUGGGAUUUGUAUUGUACGCUCCUUCGUUGGCUCUAGAAGCUGUCACAGGAAUGACUUUGUGGGGUACAAUGAUUUCCGUCGGGGCUGUUUGCGUCCUAUACACAAGUCUUGGAGGAAUGAAAACCGUUCUUUGGACUGACAGUUUUCAACUUGUGAUCAUGUUUGCAGGAACCAUCUGUGUUUUGAUAUUUGGUUCCAUUGCAGUCGGAGGGUUUUCCAGUGCCUGGAAUAUAGCAAACGAAAGAGACCGGAUAGAGUUCUGGAACGUCUCUGUGGACCCAAGAACGCGACACACUGUUUGGUCAGUAGGAAUAGGAGGAGCGAUGUUUUGGACGUAUUUGUAUGGCGUGAAUCAGGCACAAGUUCAAAGAGCUUGUUCCCUGCCUACUCUGAAGAAAGCCAAGUUGGCGUUAUGGUUAAAUUUUCCAUUAUUGAUAUGUAUAAUAACUCUGACAUGUAUGCUUGGGAUUGUAUCGUAUGCAUUUUACAAAGAUUGUGACCCAAAGACUUUUGGACUAAUCACAAAAGGUGACCAGCUGUUACCGCUGCUGGUUUUGGACGUGUUAGGAAAUUAUCCGGGACUCCCCGGAUUGUUCAUAGCAAGUAUUUUCAGCGGGAGUUUAAGCUCUAUUUCGUCAGGACUAAAUGCAAUGUCAGCAAUUAUAAUUAAAGAUUUUUUGAAACCUCUAUGUUGGAAAACACUGCAAGGUCGAACUGAGCUAAUUGUGGCAAAAACAGUUGUGGUCCUGUGUGGUAUUCUGCAGUUUUUUGUCGCAUUGGCUAUAGCCCAAGCCAGUGGCCUCAUUAUUCAGCUUUCGUAUACACUUUUCUCGAUAGUAAGUGGACCUCUUCUUGGACUAUUUCUGGGCGGAAUGAUAUUUCCUUGUAUAAAUAAGAUAGGCGCAACGUGUGGACUAGUGAUGUCAUUACUGUUUAUCGGAUGGUUAGGUAUAUCAGCCACCAUUGUGAGUCCAACGCCAAUGCGACCAGCUCUUCCUAUCUUAACAAUUGAUUGCAACUGGAACAUAACAACCACAGAAAACCAGGCAGAGGUCAAUUUAACUUCAACCAACCAGAAUGUGUCUGAACCACCUAUAUUCGAUUUCUACCGCAUAUCUUAUCAAUGGUAUACGAUGUUUGGAAUGUUAACGAAUAUUUGUGUUUCUUUACUGGUUACCGUGUUAACAGGAGUCACGGAAAAUAGUGAACGUGACAGUAAACUUUUUUAUCCCCUUUUUUAUAAUCUAGCGCCGUUCCUUCCAAAGAAAUACAGGAAUAGACUUAUGUUUGGAGUACAAUAUCAAACAAACAGUAAAGACGAGGAGUGUGAGUUACGUGUUUCUGGUAAUAAUGGUGAAAUAACGACGGUUUCGUUACCGAAAAGAGAAAAGGAUAGACGAACAUCAUUUCUAUAAACGUGUAUCCAAUAUAUCCACCAAAUCAAAUAUGGCCAUCACGUGGCAUUGACGUCUUGUCUUAACUUUAGAGCUGUAUAUUGUUUUGGUUGGCUUUGAAUGGUCUUAAGGGUUGCCAAAAUGUGUAGUAUUUGGCACUGAAAAUGCGUAAUAUGAAUGCACAUUUCUCUGAAUGGGAUAAAUUGCUCCCAACAUUGGUCUUAUAUGAAAAUGCUUAGUGCCAGCUGAACAGGAGUUUGUUUUGGCGUUGAAUGGGCUUCUUGGCUGCCAAGAUGUAGACAAUUUAUCACUCAGUAGGCUAAUGAUCAGAGCUGCACAUAUGUUUGUUUGGCACUUUAUGGGCCAAAAUGAUGCGAUCUUUAAGUCUUAAUUAGAGCUGCAUACAUGUUGUUUGGUUCUAAAAAUUGUUAUGAUUGCCAAAAAUAGUCUAUUUUUUUACACUGGGCUUUGCAUGUGUUUGCUUUGCCGUGUAUGGUCUUUGCCAAGAAAUGGUCUGUUAGGCAUACUUGAUUUGGCUUCAUAUACUUCCGGCUGGAUAGGACUACAAGAAACUCACACAAAUAUUUUAUAUGAUGCUUGUUAAGCACUGAAUGCGCUAAAGUAGGGAUUUGUAUGGUUAGCUUGACUUUUAAUAUUGGAAAAGAGAUUAUUUGUAAUAAAAAUUGUUAAAUGACUUUAUUUAUCUUAUCGCCCUUUCAAAUAAGAUGAAGAAAUAAGAAAUAGGGAUGUCGAUAUUGGUCAUAUUUGCAUUUUGACAUUAAAAAGAUGGAUCAUAAAACAGCCAUAAAUAUUUAUGUGUUUAUGCGACGAGGUUAAA